AUGCAGUAACGGAAGUGUAGUAUAUUAUUGGGAUUUGACUGCUUCCGCCUCAUUAACAAGAGCAGUUCAGCGGGCUGUCAGUUAUUUCCUCAGCAAAGAACACUAUGAAUCUGGAAAAGCUCGCCAAACUUCAGGCUCAAGUCCGGAUAGGUGGAAAGGGAACAGCCCGCAGAAAGAAGAAGGUUGUUCACAAAACAGCGACAGCGGAUGAUAAAAAACUGCAGGGCUCAUUGAAGAAACUAGCAGUGAACAACAUCGCAGGAAUCGAAGAGGUGAAUAUGAUAAAAGAUGAUGGAACAGUGAUUCACUUCAACAACCCCAAAGUGCAGGCUUCUCUGUCUGCCAACACCUUUGCCAUCACAGGCCACUCCGAGACCAAGCAGCUGACAGAGAUGUUGCCAGGCAUUCUGAGCCAGCUGGGAGCUGACAGCCUCAGCAGCCUGCGCAAGCUGGCCGAGCAGUUCCCACGGCAGUCGAUUGUGAACAAAGCAGCCAAUGAGGUCAUUGCAGAAGAGGAUGAGGAUGAUGUACCAGAUCUUGUGGAGAACUUUGACGAAGCUUCAAAAAAUGAAUCAAACUGAUGAGCCCUAUUUUGGUUUCUUCUGUCAACCAUUUUAUCUUUUACCUCCUAUGGAUUCACAGAGGGCAUUUCCUCUUGUGGGGAAAUGAUUGUUGAAGGUGCAAUGCAUCAUCUUUGGAGAUUGUACCUCUGGUCUGGCCUGCCAUUAAUGCACGGCAACAACAUGCACAUACAGAAGGGAUUGAUUUCAGAAAUGGACACUAUUCGGUGUCCAUUUCUGAAAUAUGCGGAGGUACUGUGGACGUACCGAGAAACGUGGAUCAGUUUGACUUUCAGCGCCCAAAGGACUUUAGAAAUGACCUUUCUACAUGAUUACACACAGCUGGUAUUUAAGAUGUUGCUUACUUAAUUACAAUUCAAGUGAAUAAACUCAUUUCACAUUGUAUUUGCAAAUAUGAAUUUAAUAAAACACUUUUGAGCUA